GACCAUGUGAGAAUAAUGGGUUGAGAAUUAGAUCACUGGUGGUGUGGUGUGUUAUGGCUUAAAAUAAAAGUUGACUAAGAUUUAAGAUUAUUUCAAUGAGAUUGCAUAUUGAUGUGAUAUUGUCAUGUGAAAGUUCUACUGUGAUUUGUGAUAUAAAAUAAUUUGUUUUUACAUGUAUAAGUUUAUUUUAUGAACAUUAAAUGAUACUUGAAGACAGUCAAGAUUAUGUUCGGACUUCUAACAGUAUUUAAAUGCCAGUUAAUGUUGUGAAGACUUUAUUGACAAUUUAUUGCGGAAAUACUUUGAAAGCAUUGCAUAAUAGAGCCACUGACGGUGCAGUAGUUUGGUGUUAAAGGAAAUGACAUGGCACAGACCUGCUGCUGAAUAGGCAUGGUAUAAGGAGAAACCAAAUUCAUAAAAGAUAAAUUUGAAACACAUUUAAUGUGAUUUCUGUGCCAUUUAAUUGAAUAGAACAAUAGGUGAAACUGUGAUAUUGUUAUGGUGCUUAUCAGCCAUUAGGCUGUCAUUUAAGGUGUGUCUGUGAUUGUUUCCAAAAUAACACCAGCCAAGAACAUAGGAAAGUGCCUAAUUAAUGUGGAUAAUUACAUGGAAACUUUGUCCACUUUGAGGUGGAUCCAAGAAAUUAUUUAAAGACAGUUAUUUAUAGAAGAGCUGAGCAAAUUAUCUCAAGGCUUUGUGGAGGAAUCUGUAAGAAAGCAUUACAUGUGAUAUCCAUCAAACAACAGAAAUGACCACGGGAAUGUUAUUUGUGUUUAAUUUCUGGAAGGGACGUCGGAAGGACAAAGACUCUCCAACUCCACCCCUACAGGACGAAUAUCGACAGUACCUCGAGGAAGAGUUUGUCCAACACCGCAUUACGAACACCGAUUUUUAUCGUCUAGUCACCCUACCUGCUUGCCUUGACCUUAACGAGUGGCUGGCUACACAUGCGGUCUCGUUUUUCAACCACGUGAAUCUGAUGUAUGGUGUGAUAUCGGAGUUCUGCACGAGUGAAACAUGCACGACUAUGACAGGCCCAGGCAAUGUGCAAUUUUGUUGGACAGACGAAAAAGGGAAGAGUCGGAAGGAGUCGGCCAAGCAAUAUAUCGACUUCGUCACACUCUUCAUAGAGAAGACAAUCUCAGAUGAAACCGUUUUUCCCACCAAAUUUGGUCAUCCGUUUCCAUCUACCUUCGAGGCAACGGUGAAGAAAAUACACAAGUACCUUCUACAGGUGAUAGCCCACAUAUACCACUCACAUUACAAAGAACUGCUCAUGCUGGGGCUGAACGGACACAUGAACAGCCUGUUUACACAUUUCAUGGUUUUUAAUAUAAGAUUUGACUUGUUAGAAGAGAAAGACUACGAGAUGUUAAACGAACUGUUGAAAGCGUUGAUGAAGCUACUUCCUGAUCCAAACCAAAAUGAGGGCGCGGAUGUUCCACAGCAAAUGACACGCACCUAGCGGACCUCUGCUUGUAUAACCCCGUAUGCAUACGUGCCAUGCACAAUUCUUCUGCACAUUGAGAACCCCUUCUGUGUGUUGUACCUUGUUUGAAAGACAUGACACUUAAUUGGCACGGUUUAAAGUGAUAUAACUUACAGAAUCUAUGGACAAAAAAAAUUCACUCAGGUGUUAUGACUUCUGUUAAUAGAACAUGAUGAUUGGUUACUAUUCUAUUGUCACAGGAAACUCAGAUGAUUGGUGAAUAUUUACUGUCACGUGAUAGAAAACUAUAGGCCACAUGACACAUUUAAAAUAGCAGGGGAAGUUCCUUUGCAAGAGAGUAUGUUGGAAAGACAAAUUGUCUUAGUGAAAAAAAAAUCUCAGCAAACUUUACAGCAAUUUUUGUUAUGACCAAAUAACAUUUAUGUUAUGUUUGUGCUAUGUUAUCUAUGGUAACCACAGAUACUGAAAACAAAUAUUGAUUGUACACGAAACUAAUUCUUUAAGAAAAGUUAACUUAGGAAAACUUUUUAUGAAUUUAGCAAACAUUGAAAAAUUUAACACGCAUAAUUAUUGAGAUUGAUUUAAUGCUUGAAAUUUUAUCAGUUGCAUAAAAUAUAGGCUUAUUUGGCUGUAUUUUUUGUUGGAAAAACUUCCAUGAAAUUUCAUGAAAUAAUUAAGUUGGAAAUGCAGUAGGAAGCAUUACGUUGUGAGAAUUGUUCCCGGAAAGACUGAAUGUUACCUUUACUUCCUACAAGAUUAGUUAAUGAUGAUCUUUAAAUGUUGUCUGCAUUUUGUGAUCAACUAAUGUAGCAAUGUUUUCCAGCCAUAUUGAUCACUGUUCAACAUGGGAAUACUACCUCUCAUUACUAAAUGUCAUGAAAGCUAGGGUAGGUAGCACACCUUGGCUUUUACAGGAAUGAAGAGGUUUCUGAGGUAAUCUGAAAUUGGGUUAAUCAUGAUGCCCCUCCCCCCCCCCAUAUCUGUGGUUACCAUAGAGUUAGAUUGUUUGCAAGGAUGUUGUGCCAUGUUUGAAGAAAAAGGUUUUUGUACAGGCUGAUUUUUCUUUCGCCCUGUAAUAUGUGUCAAGUCAUAUCCAAAUGUUAUAGAUGUUCUUAGACUGAUGUCAAGUCCAAAUGUUUAAGAUGUAUUUACUUUUUUUAGUGUACUUAAAAGCUGUUAAUUUAAAACUUACAGCAUGGAAUUUUUCAAUUUGCCCUUUUUGAAAACAGGGAGAAUAUAAAGAUUAAUUCCUAGAAUAAGGAGAGCUAUUCUUCUCAUCCUGGUGUUGCUUUCAUUAAGAUUUUAGUCAAUAUCUUUGCAAAAACUUGAUGUAUUGCAUUAGAACUAGUUUUAGACAAGUGUUCGGAGCCAUCCAACCUGCAUGAUGAAUCGAGUUAGAUAAAUCUGUUUUGCAUAUAAUGAAAAGUAUGGCCCUCUAAUAUUCAACUUAGAAAUUUGUUAAGGUUUUACAUAGUAUUUUGCAUGGUAGCACACAGAAGUCAAUAUCUCAGCAACUUCUUGAUUGAAACUUUAUACAAGUAUUGGGAACCAUCACAUUUUACCUCAAGUUAGAUCCUUAUAUUUUGCAAAGAAUUAAAUUAUGGCCCUUUAUUAUUCAACAUCGGAACUCAGGUUAGGAUUUUGCAAUGGAAGUGGGCAUAAGUCAAUUUCUGAGCACUGAAAUGAUUACAAAAUGUUUAAGAUUUAAAAAUUACAAAAAUCCUCGCAUGCAUCAUUUUUAUCUAAUUUUACAGUGAUCCCUGCAGGUUUCACCAAAAUUUCAGAAUCUAUAAACACAAAAGUGGCAGAAAAGUCGAGCAUGCUGUUUCUGUGAUAGCGCUCUUGUUCUUAAACUUUAUGUGUUCAAUUUAAACAGCAAGUUUGUAUAAAAGAUAAAUAAAAUGCUCUGAAAAAACUGGACAUACAAUUUUCUUCAAAUAUGGUGUUAGAUAACUUAUGUUGAAAAAAUUAACUGUGAUGUCACUAUGUAUUGAUUAUUAUGUGUUAAUGUUCAUAUUUGCUUAACAUGCAUAAGUUUGUUUAAUAAGAGCAUGGGAUCUCUAGUCAUUGUUUCAUGAGCCUGAUUAACUUACUCAAAAUGGAUUCUAUAUCUUACUGUGAACUAUUUGUUAAUAAUAAGUAAAAACAACUCCAAAUGCACUGGCCCACCAAUAGUGGAAUUUCAACAAAAAUGAAGAACUGUUUCAAAGUAACUGGUUUUCAAACUAUGCUUUACAAUGUCACUGAUAUUCUUGUGUGUUUUUUUAUUAUUACUUAUUUUUUGAUUCCCAAUUUUGUUAUGGAGAACUUAUUUCCAUACUUAAAUCAUUACGUAUUAGUUGCUUGGUAAUGAACAAGUGUAGUAUGGUAAAAUAUUUAAACUUAGCUGAUAACUUUGUGGGAUUAGUGCAAGACAGUUGUAACUCAAUAUAGAAAUAGAUGUUACAACAGUCUUGCACUAAGCUCUUAACUUCAACAUUUAUGUACAAACAGCAAUAACUUUGUCAUUUUGUUGCAUUUGGUGAUUUUUUGCUGUUUUGGUUGCAAAUUUUACGAGUGUUAAGAUUUUAGCAACAAUAUAUCAUGAAUUUGGUCUCAUGUUGAUAGUUCAUAUCAUACUAAGAUUAUUGGUGAUGUUGACAAUGACUUCCCUAAUUCUAUAACAAAUAUCUAAUGUGAAAAUACUGCUCUCUUUUUUCAAAAUUUGUCAAAUGAUGGAAAUAUUUUCAUGAGUUUGUUCAUAAUGAUGACACAGUUGCUCAGUGUUGCAUAAUGCUACAACCAUAAACUGUAAAUAAUGAUAACAGCUCCUGCAAAACUGUCAUUACUGAAAUCCUUGCAGUGCUGAAUUUUGAGAUCUAAUGACAGAAACAGAAGAAGAAAAAUUUCAAAUACUUCAAUUGUUUAUAGUAUAAUUUGAAUAAGCUUAGAAAAUUCAGUAUAUUGCAUAGGUCUGAUUUUGUUUAAGAAAGAUUCAAUUCUCUUACAUGUAUGUUGUUAUAAAGAAUUGUAAAGUGUAUGCAAGUUGUUUAAGAGAAGUGAAUCUGGGAUGAAAAUUGUUAAUACAAUUUUAUGGAUUUUGAUUCUCUAUUUCAUUUUCUUAAGAGUAAAUGGCAUCUGCAUUAUUGUCAGACCUUGCUUGAAAUUCUUUGUUUGCUAUGUGAAAGUAGAACAUGACCAGUUGAUGUGCAAUAGUCAUUAUAAUCCAUAGAGAAAAAAAUGGUGGAGGGCUUUGUGUAGAGAAUACUUUUGCAUGGUUAACAAUGACAAUGUUUGAGGAAAAUCUGUUUGAAAAUACUCAAGACAUUACCAGUAGGCCAGUAGUUCUCGGAAACUUUAAGAGGUUUUCUGAUAAAGUAUCCUUAUUUUAAAAGAUAUAUGAUAUUCCAAUGUUUUAUAACAAACUUCAGCUCUUCUUCUGUUGAAAUAAUGCAAAAUCAAGUGUAAUUGAACAAUUUAAGUCCAUUCUCAUAGGCUCCGAAUGUGGUGCUCAAAAGGGGUCAAAUUUUAGUUCGACAGAAGUAUUUUAGUUCGACAGAAGUAGUUCUCGGACACUCCCUUAAAUGAUCAACAAAACAGGGAAACAUGCCCUGAAGUGAUUUUUUUUAUAUAAUAUAUUUAAAAGUGGAAUUUUCAAACCAGUAGGUAAUAUAUAUCUUAUUAUUUUUCAUUAAAAACUAAUCUAAUUGUACAUAUAUACAUAGACCAUGAAGCUCAUAAAAAUGAAAUAAAUGGUAUCUGUUUUAGCACAUGUGUCAUGUAAACGCUUGACUAUUUUCGUAAAUGCAGAAUGUCGUCUGCGUCAAAAAAGGAAGUAUACCGAACUAAUAGUUUAACCUAACUGUUGCCCGUUUUUUAAGUUGUGCUUUUUGCGCAUGUGCACUAAAAUUGUGAUUCCCAGCAGAGGUAAAAUGAGAUUUUGUAAACAACUGGAAACUUUUGGAAUUUAACGUCUAAUGAAAAGAGUUGGUACCUGCUGAAACAUUUUUUAAACACCUGAUUGAUUUAAAUCAGGUGCUUGAUAUGUAACUUUCAAAAUGAGGCGAAAAUCGCGAGUGUCCAAGAACUACUAGUUUCCGAGAACUACUCGCCUACUGGUAUGGAUUACUGGCAGCCAGAGCAUUAGAUAGAAAAAACAAACAACAAAUAGUUCCACAAGAUGCAUUUCCUGCAACGGCCAGAAAGUCUAUUUUGAGACAAAAAAGGGUGUGAAUGUAAUUAGGCCGUUUAAAAUAAAUAAAUAUUAUAUUUGACUAUUAUCAUAAAGAUUUUUUUAUCAUAUAUUGUUUAAUUUAUGUCACUUUGUAUUAGUGUUGCAAUAUGGUAUUUACUGAUUUUGCUUAUCCAUGGUGACAUGCUGUUUUCCAUUUUGUUUUUUAAUAAUGUCAUUUUGUUGAGUGUAUAAUAAUACAUGACUAUAGAUUUAGUCUCAUACAUGAAGCUGUCACUUCAUAAGAACAUUGCUUGUUACAUAGUUGCCCCUUAGUUGUGUAAGGAAUUUUCAUUCUUAAUAGAAUGUUGUUUAGAAAUGACAUGUAUUUCCUACGUUUGAAUGCAAAUGUUCCACUUUUUCUGAUUUUAGAAAUUACUUCUGGUAAAGUUGUAUUGUUGUUUUUCCUCAUUUAAUUUUCCACUCCACUGAAUUAUUUAUUAUCUUCAUUUAGUGUUGACGCUCAUGUCUCAGCCAAUGGUAUCACCAGAAGGAUUCUGAUUUAAUCAGUAAGAAAGCUUCUGGCAAAAAAGACCGCCAAAGUUCCAUUUAGUCAUUGAGUAGUUAUAUCAAGUGGGUUAUUAGGUGAUUCACACAUGAGCUGGCUUCCAUGGAAACAUUUUCCCAAACACUUAGGUGUUUAAAGUUUAUUUUUGCCUUACUAAGCAAUGACUUUGGCAGCCUGUUUUUUAAAAAGAACUUUUACUUGAAUUACAAUUCUGUUGGAUGACAGAAAGCAAUCUUUUCAUAAACAAUUAAUCUAUAGAUGUUUUAUUGUUAUAUCCUAUACAUGUCUCUUUCUGUUAUAAAAUGCCUUUUCCUGUAAACGAGAGAAUGUAUUAUAUAAAAGGUCAUGAAUAUUAAAACGUGUUAUGUUAACCAUGUAAAUUGAAGAACUACUGUACUCGGUAUCUUUGGCAAUAUUGUUUCUAGUGGAGUUGCAUGAAGGCGUUCAUACAUGAAUGUUAAUGAUAAAUCUUUAAAUGUGAAAUCAUCCACAGAAAGAAGAAAAAAAGUGAAACUUGGUGCUUUAUUUUAUAGAUUUAUUUAAUGACUGUGCUAUAUUAAUUACUUGACCAUGGCUUGUACAGUAUGCAAACUGGCUUACAAAUUGUGUGCAAGAGAAAAAAUGGUUGUUUUUUGCUUUUGUUGAAGUUUUCUUUUCUGUUCUCUGUAAUGCUUGCGGAGGUAUUUAAAAUACUGUUUUGAUUGCAAUAGAAAGAUAAUAAUAAAACAAAUAUGGAGCAGAACAAAGUCCUAGUAGUGUGUUAAUAACAUCUAAUUGUUCCGUUAACUGGCAAUAGUAAGGAAUAAUAAUAUGAAGUUACGUACACAAAAUACAGUUUUUAGCUCUACUGGCCAAAGGCCAGAAGAGCUUAUGCGAUGGUAAUGUGUACGUAGUAUGUGCAUCCGUGCGUUCGUGCGUCUGUAAACAAUUGCUUGUGAACACGAUACAGUCUUCAGUUUUGAUCGUAUUUUAAUGAAACUUGUACAGUAUCUAGAUAUCCAUUAGAGCUCGGUUCCUUUCGAAAACCAGCCAGUUCCGCCCAUGAAUGCCUAGAUUAUAGGCCAUGAAAGUUUUAAAGAAAUGCUUUCUAUUUUUAGCCAGGUCUGCAUGAGCGAAUUCUAUUUUUAGCCAAGUUUACAUGUACAUGUAAAUUCAAGUCUAGAGUUAAGGGAGACAAUUUGCAAGUCUAGGAUUUUGAGAGACAAUUUGCUUUUUGCUUCUGCAGUUGAUUUUGUGAAUUACUCUGCCUUGUUCUUGUUGAAAGUCCAAAGGCCAUUUUUUAGCUUUAAGUUCUGUAGUUUGUGCAUUCAUCUUAACAAAAUUGGUUGUGAAUGUAUGUUAAGUUAUGCACCUGGUGUCAUUACUGGCCACACCCAGGGUUCACAGGUUUGGUAAACAUAAAUCUGGAAAGGUUUGAAAAUCUUUUUGUGUGUUGUGCAUCCAUCUCAGCACAAUUGAUUGUGAAUGUUUGUUCAAAUUGAUCAAUGUUGUCCUAGGAUGCCCUUGACUUUGACCUUUUGACCAACUUUUUUUAACUUUUAAAAGUACAGAAAUUUUUACUAUGAGUACAGUUUUGAAAGCAUUUUUUUUUUGUCAGAUGACUUUUACUUGGCACAUAUUAAAAUAGUUCAUGCAACUAAUCUGCUUACAAUACUUUCUGGGCUCAGAUGUUGAACGUGCUACGUUUUCAGGUAACCCAAAUACAAAACAUAAACUAUAUGUCUGUUGCCUUUUACCCAUACAUACAUGCUGUGGAUUGAUAUGACCACAAAAGCCAUGCCAGUAGAGCAUAGGGCCUUUUGGGCCUCUUGUUAUGAUUUUGUAGUUCUCUGACACAAAGAGUGCAUUCUUUUAGCCAAAAACUAUUUAAAAUAUAUGUAUAUGUAUUGUAUUCCUUACUGGUAUAUAAUCUUGCAUUGUUUGUUUUGUUAUUGUUAUGAUGUAAACAAGUUGAUGUAAUACACUGUUUAAAAUGUUUAUUGGCUGUCUAAUUCAUUUUCUAUUCUCCAUUUCUGAUGAGCAGAUAAUUAUGGGAUUCAAGUCCAAAUUCAGCUUGGAGUAAACAUUCAUAUGAGAAAAAAAAAAUCAGUACAAAUGAAUUAUACAUAGAUUUGAUGAAAACAAAUUCAAACAUAGAUCUCCAUCCGAGUACUUGUAAUGUCUUCAAGAACCUUUUGGCUUUUUUUAAUCAUGUUACUCUUUCUUUGCAAAUUAAACAUCAGAGACUGGUUUGCAGCUUGAUGCCAGAAGGCACUGACACCUUCAAUAAUGUAAUGCUGCUUGGGAAAUUUAUGACACAUUUAUUGUGAGUAAAGAACAUGUAUUAGGUGGCCAUUUUUGUCACAUAUCCAUGGUAAAUGUUACCUUUGUUCUAUGUUAGAAGGAAACUCUGUAUCAUGAAGACUGAGGUCAAGAUGUUUGCCAACAAAAACGAAUAAAAUGUAAUAAACAUGAA